AUGGCUUACCUUCUCUACCUUUUGGCAGCCUGCCUAGGAUUCCUCUCCAUGAUCUCCGCCCAGCCAACGACAAUCAUACCUCCAGGUGCAAUAAUCAACAUCGAGGCCAUCUGGGACAGUGCGGAAACUGCAUACAGCAACAAGACCUUUAUCGUGCCUCUGGACGAGGUUUGGCAACAUGAGGCAUUCAACCAGUGCAACGCUCUCUACUUGAUCGGAGCAAAAGGAAAUGUCAAUAAGGAUACCAUUCAAUGUCAGCUUUACUGGAGGAAACCGAAUGAUAUGGGAUACGCGGGAUUGUACCUCACUUCGAAAACUCCAGCUUCCCCUCACGACGUUGCUGCGGAUUUGAGUGAUGCGAGUUUGCAGUUGAGGUGUCAAGGUCCGAGGUAG